ACCCAGACUUCUUUGUGUGACAAACCGAAAAAGAAGAAAAAUUUCUCUUUGCAAACAACAACAAAAGACGGUGGAUUCAGUGCGGACUGUGAACCUAAUAACCCACCCCAAUCAUGGACAUCGAUCACCGACUCAAUUAUGUUUGCAUCAAUUGUGGAGCACCAGUCAAAGAGUUGCAUAAGAAGUACAGUUCAUCGGUGCUGAAAAUUAUGAGCUGUGUGGCAUGCAAGCAGAUCGCUGACAAAUACAUUGAAUUCGAACCGAUUAUCAUACUGAUUGAUUUGGUGCUGUUGUCACAGUCAGCGUUUAGACAUGUGAUGUACAAUACAACGUUUAAGAUCUACGCUAAAGUCCUGGUAGUUCAACUGCUAUUCGAGUCGUACAUAAUUUGGAUCGAUGUGCCCAAACCGCUGAACAAAGUAGAGUACGCGUCAGAGAAGGAAUUCUAUUUCUCCUUCCUCCUGACCGCCAUCGACUAUGUGCUUCUCGUGCUAAUUUUUCAACUGUGGACAAAUGUACCGAAUCGAACAGCCAAAGGAUUGGGCACCGUGCAUCUGGUCAAAGCGAUGACGCUGGCGAAAAUAGCCAAAUUCUUUAUGAUUCCGAUAGUGAUCUGGAGCCGGAACGAAACGAAUUCAGCAUCGUUGCGGCUGGUGCUGGUCAACGGUUACUACUUUCUAUCGUUGACGCACGUUUUGUCGGUGCUAACGGAAUGUUCGCGGAAAAGUUCGGCCGUUAAGGCGCUGCUGACGGUCAUAGUCAAACAUGUCGUAAUGAUUGACCUGACGGAUAGACUGAGAAAUGUUGUCAUGGUUUGAUCAAUAAAAACAAAAUUUAUUCGA